AUCUCAAAUCAAUUUCCCAACUCUGCACACUACACUUUACAAGAAAAUCACAUAAAUUCUACACUUUGUCAUUUACAUAGCCAUACCUUUCUUCUUAAUUAAUUGAAUUCUCAUUUCUCUCUCCUUUUAAUUGAAAGAAAAAGAUUGCUUUAAAUCCCUGGUCUUAAGGGCACCGCCCAUGCCUCUUGCUUUUGCCAGUUUUUGGGUCUCCACACCCAGGAGUCAGACACAGACACAGCCACAAAACAAGUUCAUUGACUUCAUUAGUGACCACAACCCCAAAACAAGCCCACACAAAUAUGUGCACAGCCUCAGACUCUAGUCUAGACAAGACACUAAAACCAUUUUAAGUACUGUACUUUCCACUUUUGUCAUCAUUAUCUCUAUUAAAAUAAUAUGUUUAGCUAUAAUCAACUCUGCUUCCCUUAAAAGGGCAGCUAAAUACAAAAUUUGCAUAAACAGAGGAUUAGAAAGUAACUAAGUACCUAUAUAAGGCUUUCUGUCCCAGAAUUUGUCUUCUAUUAUCCAAUGAAAAAGCAAAAGCAGA